UUCCGGCGGGGAAGCUGGCCGAGGUUGGAGGGUGUGGAGGGAGCCGGGACCAGGGAGAGCUCCUAUGAUGGGAACCACCUCUAGGUGAGCUCCCAAGAGAAGCCACAGAGAAACCCACUUCCAGCCCGAGAGCCCAGGGACCCGCCGGAGUGAGGCCUGUUCCCUGAAGCGGAUUAUGGCGACAGUCCUGGGAUCCCAACUCCAAGCCUCCGUGGAAAAGGACUGGGGUCCGAAACCUGCCCCGCGAGGAGAGAGCACCGACUCGGAGACCCUCCGCCGGCGCUUCAGGCGGUUCCGCUACGAGGAGGUGGCCGGGCCCCACGAGGCCUUCAGCAAACUCUGGGAACUCUGCUGUCGCUGGCUGAGGCCGGAGAUGCGCACGAAAGAGCAGAUCCUGGAGCUGCUGGUGCUGGAGCAGUUCCUGACCAUCCUGCCUGGGGACCUACGGAUCUGGGUGCAAGACCAGCGACCGAAGAGCGGAGAGGAGGCCGUGGGUCUGGUGGAGGAUCUGCAGAGGGAGCCCGGUAGGCCGGGACAACAGGUCACAGUCAACGUGCCGAAACAGAAGGUGCUUUCGGAUGGACCCACGGAAGGGGCCCAGGAGGUGCUGAACCACCAGAUGAAGCAGGAGGAGAGCCAGCCCAAGGAAGAGUUCCAAAAGGAGGGAAGGUGGAGCCCACAUCCAGGGCCACAGGAGCCAGCGAGCUAUAAGGGGAAGCCCCAACUCCUUCAGGAAACAGCUUGGCCUGUCCCUUCGGGUUCAGUUCUUCCUGAGGAGGGGAGCCGUAGAGGCCAGAUGGCAACCGUGCUCCUUGUGACUGGGUCCCAGCAGGUGCCGGUGCUGUUACAGGAACCAGUACCGUGUGAGGAUACCACCGGGUCUCCAACUCGGGCCGAGUUGAGGCAUCUGGCUCCUGCCCAGAAGGCCCUCUGUAGAGUCAUUGUGCAAGAGAAUCAUGGGAAUGUGAUCCCAAUGGGAUUUCCCAUCCCCAACCCUAACGUGAUCUCUGUUCUGGAGCGAAGAGAAAACACCCGGAUUCCAAAGCUCCAGGGAUCUGAGGAGAAGCGGGUCUCAAGAGGCUCCCCGACAGGAGAGGAGAGAGUGCGACCUGAGCGGGCCCCAGCAAGGAGGGAAGGGCAGAUCUGGGGAGACCCAAGGCCACGGACUUUGGAAGAUGAGAAAGUUGCCGGGGUGCACUGGAGCUUUGAAGAGACCAAAACUUUCCUUGCGAUUCUUAGCGAAUCUCGGUUUUACGAGAAGCUCCGCACUUGUCAGCGCAACAGUCAGGUGUAUGGGGCGGUGGCGGAGCGGCUGCGGGAGCGUGGGUUCCUUCGGACCCUGGAGCAGUGCCGGACCAAGUUCAAGAGCCUCCAGGCCAGCUAUUGGAAGGAAAGGAGAGGUCGGCUCCCAGAGCCCUGUGCCUUCUAUGAGGAAAUGGAAGCCCUGGUGAAUUCCCGGGCUUCUGUCUCUUCUGUGGCCAUCCUAGGAGAGACAGUAUCUCCCCCAAGAUUGGCAGAGGAUGGUGCCGACACUGAAGAGCGGCAGCAGGGGCCCGGGAUGUACGAGGAGGUGGUGGAAGAUGAUGCUACGGAGGAUUCUGAAAGUGAUGAGAUGAGCCCUGAGGAGCAGAGCCAAGAGCCUAGGAGCCCUAGUACCACAAUCCAGUUCCCAAGCCGCAUGGGGACCCUGGAAGUCACCCAGGGGUCUGACAAGCCAACCAUAAUGAGCCUGGCUCCUCGGCAGCUGCACUAUUGCAACGCAGGUGUGCACUGGGGCUACGAGGAAACCAAGACUUUCCUAGCCAUUCUCAGCGAGUCCCGCUUUUAUGAAAAGCUCCGCACAUGCCAACGAAACAGCCAGGUGUACGGGGCGGUGGCCGAGCAGCUGCGGGACCGCGGCUUCCUCCGCUCCCCAGAGCAGUGUCGGACCAAGUUCAAGAGCCUCCAGACCAGCUACCGGAAGGUCAGGCGAGGCCACGUCCCAGAACCCUGUGCCUUUUAUAAGGAGAUGGACAUCCUGUUGAGCUCUUGGGCUUCCGUCACCAGGACUGAUGUCUUCGGCAAGAUGGCAUCAGUCUCCAAACAAGGGAGAGACGAGGCUGAGACCGGAGCGUGGACGCCCCGGGCAGCUGUGGAAGUGUCCUUGGCAGAGGAUUCGGACGGAGUUGAACUGGGCCUCAAGGAACUAGUCCCUAAAGUUGAGAGCUCUGACUCCCCAGUCCUAUUCCAAACCCCAUCUGAUUUUGAUGUCAGGAGUGAAAAUAAAGGGAAGAAUCCAAAAUGGGAAAGUUCAGAAGAUGUGGGCUUGCCCAGGACAAUGUCAGGACGGUCUGAUGGGGAGCUGCACCCAAGUUCUAAUCUGAAAGGAGAAUGUGAGCAUGAGUGCCGGUCCAGAAGGCAAUGUGGAAAUGUUCCAGGGGAGAGACAGAGGAAGCUGACUUUUCAGGAGAGAGAUUCAAAGAAAGGAGGAGCUCAACAGAGACUCUCCAUAGCAGCCAAGUCCUAUAAGCGUCUCAGGGGUGGGAAAAGCUUCUUUCAGAAUACCCACCUUUUGCCUCGACCAAGCCACGACAAAGUCCCGAAAUGUCGUGAAUGUGGGAAAAGCUUCAGCCGGGGCUCCUACCUUGUUCGACAUCAGAGGAUCCACACGGGCGAGAAACCUCACAAAUGCCAAGAGUGUGGGAAAAGUUUCAGCGAGCGUUCCAACCUCACGGCCCAUUUGAGGACCCAUACGGGGGAAAGACCCUAUAAGUGUGGCGAGUGUGGAAAAAGCUUUAACCAGAGCUCCAGCCUUAUUGUACACCAGAGAACCCACACAGGAGAGAAGCCUUAUAAAUGCGGUGAGUGUGGGAAACGUUUUAACAACAGCUCCCAGUUCAGUGCCCACCGGCGGGCCCACACAGGAGAGAGCCCCUACCAGUGUGGUGAGUGUGGAAAAAGCUUCAAUAACAGUUCCCACUUUAAUGCCCAUCAGAGAAUCCACACGGGAGAGAAACCCUACGAGUGUCCCCAGUGUGGGAAGAGCUUCACUAAGAGCUCAGCUCUGACUAGGCACCAAGGUGUCCACAUGAGAGAGAAGCUACUGUCUCAAUCCAGACUUAAUUAUACGACAGACAGCCGUGUCUUGUAAAAUAACGAGGCUGGGAAAGCCUCGCAAUAAGGAUUGAAUCUUCAGUCCCAUAGGUUGCACUUGAGGUUCAGGCUCUCCACCCAGUUCUGAGAAGAGUUUCCUGUUGGAGCCAAAGCUAAACUCUCGGAGAAAAGCAAGAGAAUAGAUGUUGGCAGGCCUGGGCCCUCCUCCUGAUUUGGCCUCCGAUUCAGGGAAUACACCCCGGCCCUUCCGCCGCUCUCACUGUCUCAGGUAAAUGAGGGCGGGUGAUCUCUGCUAAGUUUCUGUGCUGGGAUGACCGAUCUGAGCAUCACUGAGUGUGUUCAGACCACACAGGAAAAGUGUGUAAGGGUUUGGGGAUGAAUGGUCUGCGGACCUCAUGUAGAGGUGGCAAAUGCAUACUGAUAUCAUCUUCUGGUGCCAUCUGGCCAUGUCAGAGCAGGUUUAUACUGAUCUGAUAAUUCACUUCUGGGCCACUGAAGUUACUUGUUUGUUCUGCUGUUUUAGGAAACAAAGGAAUCCAUGAGAAUUUGUAAACUAUACGUUAGUUCAAACUCAACAAAGUCAUCUAAACCAACCUGGCUUGUUAAGGGGAAAUUUACUUCCAUUUGGAUCCACCCUGAUGUUGUUGCCCUGGUUUAGACUUGACCUCAGAGCAAAAAUCCUUUGGGUUUAUCCUUUUGAUUUCUGAAUAGAGUAGAAUUUAGCAUCUCCCACCCCUGGUUCCAGACUGGUGGGAUUUUAGAAUGAACUCGUAACCUUUACUACAAGUGACCUGCAUAUUAUGUGCAACAACCUUAAAAUAUUGUUACGCUGACCAAAAUAAAAGCGUUCAUUCCCACGUAA